AUGAGUCUCCGCAUCGAAUCUUCGUCUUCUCCAACAGCACUCCGACGACCGCCAAUUGCCGACGACGAAACCGGCGACCAAAAUCGACUUCCGGCAGUUGUAAUGGAGGAGAAUCUCCCCAAUAUUUUGAGCUAUGGUUUAGGCUCCCGGCACUUAGACCUCAAUCAAAAAGCUGAUUUAACUUUAAAAGAAGGGAGGCAUUUGCAAUUUGGUAAUACGGAAUAUAUUCUCAUUUGUGGGCUAAAAGGUGGUCGUUAUGUAGAUUUACUCUACGACGAAAAAGGCCAAUCAAAUUCAAGUCUUCGUGCUCGUUUGUUCCCAGACAUUUCUGGUGCACGUUUGCGGUUGAAUGAUUUGGAAGUCUUCAUUAUGUCUCCUAAAUAUUCGGAAGUCGAAGAUGAAGAUGUUGUGCUGCUUAUCCAGCUAGUGUUUGUGUUGAAGGGACUCCACGAACAGGACGUAAAAACGUGCAUUCCCGUUGCAAUAUACAAUCUUGCUGAUAAUAGAGAUGAUUGGAAUAGCUUAUACAUUUAA